AUGCCGCCCCCGGGCCCGGUCAGAGACGACAACGAGAAGCAGCAGGCCGCGCAGCAGGCCGUCGACAUCCUGCACGAGAUAUCCACCAUCCUCAACUGCCAUCUCGACCGCCGCACCUUGUCCAUCUGCAUCUCCAUGAUCGAGAACGGCGUGAACCCCGAGGCGCUGGCGAACGUCGUCCAAUUCCUCCGCAAGGAGGCGCAGAAGGCCGAGUUCGCGCACGAGGCCGAUCGAUAA